UAGAAAUGUAAACAAAUGAGUGCGUGUUCCUGAUGGUUUUCUCUGCUGAAGUUAAAUGUAGUGAAAAGCAGUAAUUAUCUAGCCUAAAUUAAAAUGGAUCAUCCGCGACCAUGUGGCUGUAAGGGACGUCGCACCUGUCUCAGCUGUGAAAAAGAUUUCGAUAUAGAUCGAAUCGAUUACAGCCAGAUAUUCCAGAAGCUCAAGGCUUACACAUUCUGCCCUCAUUGUAACCGAAUCUACCCUGGGUGGGACACCGACACGGUAAUGGCAGAUCACGAGCGUAGCCACAACGGUGAUGAAGGUGAAGAAUAUUCGGGCAUCUAUAUAGAACUCGAUUUUAUAACUGCCGAUGAGGAAAAUCGUCUAAUGAGGGGCAUCGAUGAGAUGCCGUGGGAUAUUUCUCAAAGUGGUCGUCGCAAGCAGAACUUUGGACCGAAGACCAACUUCAAAAAAACUAAAAUUAAACCCGGUGAUUUCGCAGGUUUUCCACAAUUUUCUGAAUUUGUUCAAACGAAAUUUAACGACGUGCCACUAAUGAAAGGGUUCCAGACAAUUGAACAGUGCUCGCUGGAGUACACACCAGAGCGGGGGGCUUCCAUUGACCCUCAUAUCGAUGACUGCUGGAUUUGGGGCGAGCGGGUCGUCACUGUCAAUUUGUUAAGCGAUUCGGUUUUAACUAUGUCCCGAUUUCGUCGCAACGGAGAGAAAAACCGGUAUAACUUACACUUCGUUGAUAAGUAUAAAGAUGAGCUUAUUAUGAAUUUGCCAAAUGAGGAAGAAUUAGAUCGAUUUGAUGAACGAAUAGUUCGGAUUCCUAUGCCGAGACGUUCUCUACUUGUUAUGUAUGGCUCACCACGGUACCAGUGGGAACAUGCUGUUCUACGAGAAGACAUCAGGGAGAGACGCGUUUGUUUGGCAUAUCGGGAGUUUACUCCAAUGUACAUCAAAGGUGGAAGUGAAUACAGCAAAAGUCAGCAAGUUUUUCAGUUAGCCCAGAAUUUUUGGAAUCAUUCGGAGGUAAACCCGCAUAAUCUCACCUCGUUUUGACCUGGAAGCGCACUAACUGCUGUCAAAACCCUUCUUCAUUUGCUCGAUUUUGACCCAGUUUUGACCUGGCGUGCUGCCCGAAGCGCACUGUAAAAUUUGUCAGCUUCAACCCACCACCGCACGUGCUAAGUUCGUAAACAAUAUCUGGCAUCUCUUUCUUACUUGCGUCUUGAAUGGCGUUGACGUUUUAUUAUUCCUCGGCAGUUUUGCCCGCACACAGUGGAAUAAAGAAAUUCGCUAUAAGCUGGUUAA